AUGUUAGAUGAUACUGUCUUCACACUGACAGCACUAAAGAUGAGAGCUGCCUUCUUCCUCGUCCUCGACGCAUUCUAUUGGACUUCCAUCUCCCUGAGUGAGCUUGGUCUAAGUCAAGAUUUGGGAGAUGAAUGCGAUUUUGAGUUGCAAUCGUGCACACUUAACUUUUCCGAGUGUGCCCUCUCGCACUUCGAACAGGACAUUUACGUCUGCCAGUGCAGGGAUGGAUACGUGGUGGAGAACAGUGAAUGCAGUGAGUGCAUUAGGUUACAUAUUUCAAUGGGA